AUGGGUCAUCGUAUUUCUACACUCAAGAAAAGCAAAUUAACGUUUAAAAAAACCCCGCAAAGAAUAACUAAUCUCGCCUUAACUAAAGAGAAUAGUAGACCGAGUAUGAUCAGAGGAGAAAGUGAACGUGAAAAUUUAAUUGAAGUUCUUCAAACUUGUCGAGUAAUUGAUGGUCGCGUUUUUCAAAUGGACAAUGAACGAUAUCUUAUGCCUUGUGAUGAUCUAGAGAAAACACGUCUUCAAUCCCAACAUGAUUUAUUCAAAGAAAUAUGGAUUGGUAAUUUCUCGUCUCCGAUACAUGAAAAGCUAAAGCAAGGUGGAAUGCGAGUUCUUGAUGCCGGCUGCGGAACAGGUAAUUGGACUCUUGACAUGGCUUACGAUUAUCCUGCAUCUACAUUUUUGGGUGUUGAUAUAAUUGAAAUGUUUCCAAACAAUGUACAACCUUCAAAUGCUGGGUUUCUUCAAUACAAUAUAAUAAAUGGUUUGCCAUUUCCAAAUGAAACUUUUGAUUUCGUAUAUCAGCGAUUUUUAUGGGCAGCUUUUACACAAGAACAAUGGAUACACUUAAUAGAAGACUUCAUAAGAGUCACAAAAGCAGGCGGAUGGAUAGAAUUGAUGGAAUUCGAUGUAGAGAUUUAUAAUCCUGGUCCAAUCGCCAAAAAAUUAAGUGAUGCUACACAGAAACAUUUGAGUUCAAACGGAAUAAAUCCCAAAAUUCAUUCAAAAAUCUCAAAAAUCAUGACAAACACAAAUAAAUUCGAAUCAAUACGGACCCUUGAAAUGACAACCCCGCUUGGAAAUUGGCGGCAAACAUCGCAGGGAAUAAAGGCACUUGAGGAUAUUGUUGCAACAUUAAAAUCUUUACAGGUCGCAUUGAAAGCGGUACUGGGUGUUGACAAUCACGAAUAUAAAGAAAUGCUGGAACAAUUUAUUGAAGAGGGAUCAAAGUACAAAAUGUAUAUAAAGACAUUUCGCUUUUUUGGCAUGAAAGCAGAAAUGUCUUGA